AUGCCGGGGAUAUGGCAGAGACUGCACCUCUCAAAGUCCGAAGAGCUCCCCCCUCUUCUCUUCAAAUAUACCGCAAACCCCAAAGGCUACGAUCUGUAUCUGACGGAUCUUACACAUCUGUGGUCCGAACGUUUGAAUUUCAAAGAGAUCCUGAAGAGAGCCGACGAAGAAAGCACAACUAUCGAUCCUACAGAGGAUCCAGAGCAAUUUGAUGUCCUCCUUGAAAAGAUAGGGGAGGCCCUCCAAAGCCGUCCCGGAAGCAGCAUUACGGUCAGGAGCGGGGCGAGCAUAGAUUCCUUAGAGCUACAUGUAUCAACGAAGUUGCCUGCUCCUCUGAGGCCUCUUAAAUGGCCUAUUUAUUUUUCAAGGGAUUGCCAACGCUUGGUGACUGAGCACUUGUUGAUUCCCUUACUGAGGGAAGAAAUUGGCUGGGAAUCUCGCCGACGGUCCCUUUUGGAACAGAUCAAACAGAAGGACUGGGUUCUUAGCAAGCUAUUUGAUAAUAUCGAAACUCUGGGUAUUGAUUUGAGCGCCGUAUUCCCAGGCAUAACGGGGCUACGUGGAGCCCGUCACGGCACCACGCUGGCACAGGCGGCGAAGUUAAUCAAGGGAGUCGCGCCAUUUGAUGAACAGCUAUGGCUCAAAGAGGUUAACGGGCCAUCCACUGAUUUCGGCCUUGGUGCAAAUGUUGUGUCGGAACUUUCUGAUUCAGCUGAGACGUCUCGGUUGUGGUUGCUUACCCCAGCGCCAGCCAAAUGGUGGGAGAACCUCGAUAUACACAGCACUGCAACAACAACGGCACUUGAAAAAGGCAGUCAGCAGAGGAAACCCCCAGAAGAAGAAGCUGCAAUGGAGACUGAUGGUGGUGCAGAAACAGAGGACGAUGAAUUUGAGCGCCAGGAAACGCCCCCGGGGCUGAAGCACAUAGAAGAGGAGCACGAAAAGCCCAGCAUUUCCCAAGAGAAAACAAAGAAAAAGAGAGAGGAUUCUAGACCAGAAUCACCACCAGCAGCCCCUAAACCACCACCGAAGGCAUCACGAGGGCUCGGUCUCGGAAUCAUAGGGAAGAAAAAGAAGCCAGAAAAACUAGCAUCCCUACAACCUGCUCCGAAUCCAGAAUUGGAAUUAUCAACAGAAUCCGAUAGCUCUGACCAUGGGGUAAAGAAACACCCCCCUCCGGCAUCAUCUACAAAAGAGAAAGGGAAAGGGAAAGGCCAAAAGGAGAUCACGGCAGAAACAGAAACAGAAACAGAAACAGACUCGGAUUUGGAUUUAGAAUCAAACACAGCAACAGCAACAGCCGUCCGUCCCCCCCAGCCAAAAAUCUCAACACCAUCACGACCUCGUCCCGAGUCCCCUAAACCCAAGAAACCCGGUAGACUAGGUAUCCUAGGUGGUAAGAAGAAGGAAAAAGCAAAGCAAUCCACUCCUCCUCCUCCUUCUCGGCCUCAACUGGCUCUAUCACCAUCACCAUCAAAAACAGAGAAUACAGUGACCACCACAACGCCACCUCCUCAACCAAAUCCCAAACGCACAGGCACAGGCAAAAUGGGCGUAAUAGGCGGCAAGAAGCAUCUCCCCAGUUACGGCAAGGAUGCCACAGAGACAGCUACUGGUGUCAAUAUUAAAAAUAAGGAGAACAACGAGACCGGGAGAAGUAUCUCUAUGAUGCCUAGUAGCCUUCCACGGUUCCCAUCUCCUGCUGGCGCUGCUGGAACUGAAACUGUACCGGUGAAACCGAAGAAAGAGGAACCCGAAGAACCGCGGAGGGAGGAGACAGAGGAGGAAAAAGCGGAUAGAAAGCGUGAGGAGCUGAAGAGGCAGCUCGAGGCGAGGAGUAAGGCGCCUGCGAAGAAGAAGAGGAGGUUCUGA